AACUUCAUCAAAUCAAAUAAAUUCAAUUCAUUUCCAAUUUCCUCCAUAAAAAUGUUUCCAGGCAUAGCAGUAUCAUCAAAAUCGAAGAAAUUUGCAGCGGGUGGAGAUGAAGAAGUGAUAAAAAGGAACGAAGAGUUAGAAAAGGAAUUGAAGAAGAGUCUUGAAAGAGAAGAGAAGAUGAAGGAAGAAUUACAGAAAACAUUUCGAAGAUUGCGAGUGGCGGAGGAAGCGGAAGAACAGUUGUGUUCGCAGUUGGGAGAAUUGGAAGCGGAGGCUGUUGAUCAAGCUAGGGUUUAUCGUGCUCGUAUUAUUUCGUUGGUGAAUCAAUUGGCUGAUGCUCAGAAAUUACUUGAAGCUAAUUCUUCUCGUAUUUCUCUUAUGACCUAAUUUUGAUUUUUGAUUUUCUUAGAGGAAUUAAAUAUAUGAGAAUGGAUUUUGUGCUUGAAAUUCCUUGUUUUUAUGAAAUUGUAUUAAGGAAUUUGUAUUUUUGUUUAUGAAUAAUAUUUUUGUUAAUAUA